AUGAAACAACUACAAGAAGAGCUUGAUACAAAACAAGGAUUUAAGCGUACACUAAAUUCGGUUCAACUACUUGCUAUAAACCUUGGUGCUACUAUUGGUGCUGGGAUAUUUGUAUUUAGCGGACAAGCUGCUGCAAAAUAUUCUGGUCCAUCAGUCAUUAUUUCAUUUGUUAUAGCAGGUGUUGUUGCUCUAUUGUCAUCUUUAUCAUAUUCAGAAUUAGUAGCAAUGAUGCCUAGUUCUGGAUCAGUUUACACUUAUACUUAUACAGCUUUGGGAGAAUAUUUAGCAUGGUUUAUUGGAUGGAAUUCUGGAUUACUUUAUCUAUUCGGUACUUCUAUAGUGACGGUUGCUUGGAGCCAGCAUGUUGUCCUAUUGAUUGAUAUUUUAUCUGAUUAUAAUGUAACAAGCAUGAUUGUUCAAGCACCAAUAGCUUGGAACGAAGACGCGGAACGUUUUUUUGUCACUGGCCAAGCGAUAAAUGUACCUGCUAUUGCAAUUACUAUUGCAAUUACAAGUCUUCUUAUUAUUGGCAUUCGUCAAACAGCCACAGUUAAUCUCGUUUUGGUUGUGUUUAAAAUUAUUACAAUUUUAAUAUUUAU